UCCGCCGCACCGUCGGGGCCCAAACCAUGCGGCCGCUUUUCUACCUGUGCCUCUUGCCCGGGCUCGCCCUCGCCUUCAACCUGGACACGGACAACGUGGUCAUGUGGAGCGGCGAGCCGAACAGUUACUUCGGAUUCUCCCUGGCCAUGCACCGGCAGCUGAAGCCGCAGGACAAGAGGCUGUUGCUGGUUGGUGCGCCUCGUCAAAAAGCUUUCCCAACGCAGCACGCCAAUAGAACUGGAGGUCUCUACAGCUGUGACAUCACCACUCCAGAUGUGCCUUGCACACGUAUAAAAUUUGAUGAGGGAGUUGAUCUGAGCAAAGAAAGCAAGGAAGACCAAUGGAUGGGAGUAACUGUCCAAAGUCAAGGGCCCGGUGGAAAAGUAGUGACCUGUGCACAUCGCUACGAGAAAAGGCAAUUCACAAACACUGAUAUGGAAACCCGAGAUAUCAUUGGAAAUUGUUAUGUCCUGAGCCAGGACCUCACCAUCAACGAGGAGGAUAACAUGGAUGGUGCACAGUGGAGUUUUUGUGACGGCCGGAUGAGAGGCCACGCGAAGUUUGGCUCAUGCCAGCAAGGCGUCGCUGCCACUUUCACCAGAGACUAUCAUUAUAUUGUAUUUGGGGCACCGGGGACCUAUCACUGGAAAGGAGUGGUUCGUGCAGAGCAAAGGAAUCAAACCUUUCUUGAAAGGGAUAUCUUUGUGGAUGAUGGCCCUUAUGAAGUGGGUGGUGAGAGAAGCCAAGAUGAGAACCUAGUUCCUGUUCCAGCCAACAGUUAUUUAGGUUUUUCUCUGGACUCUGGAAAAGGUAUCGUUUCUCAGGAAAAUAUCACUUUUGUUUCUGGAGCCCCGAGAGCAAACCAUAGCGGAGCCGUUGUGCUCUUGAAAAAAGUUGGUGGCAUUCAGAUGGAACUGGCCCUCGUGCAUAAGUUUGAAGGCGAAGGGCUGGCCUCUUCGUUCGGCUAUGAUGUGGCAGUUGUGGACCUCAACAGUGAUGGAUGGCAAGAUAUUGUUGUUGGAGCUCCACAGUUUUUUGACAGAAAUGGAGAAAUUGGUGGCGCUGUGUACAUUUACAUUAAUCAGGGAGGCCGGUGGGAAGGAGUAAAUCCCAUUCGGCUCACUGGACCAGCGAACUCCAUGUUUGGAAUUGCAGUUGAACAUAUUGGGGAUGUUAACCAAGAUGGCUUUCCAGAUAUUGCUGUGGGGGCACCGUACGAUGGAGAUUUUGGCAAAGUGUAUAUAUACCAUGGCGCCAAGAAUGGAAUAAAUACAAUACCAGCACAGAUUCUUGAUGGUGAGGCAAAUAAAGUUGCAUCCUUUGGAUAUUCUAUUGCCGGAAAUAUGGAUCUUGAUAGAAACACCUACCCUGACAUCGCUGUUGGGUCCCUCUCAGAUUUUGUAUCUGUUUACAGAUCAAAGCCUGUGAUAAACAUUAAGAAAACCCUUGAGAUAAUUCCGGACCGAAUCGAUCUCAACAAAAGGAAUUGUCAGGAGCGCAGUGGGAUAUGCAUGGACAAUAUAGAUGUUACAGCAUGUUUUGAAUAUACAGCUAAUCCCAGUGACUUCAGUGCUCCAAUAAUUCUGAGCUACACAUUUGAAGUGGAAAGUAAGAGGAAGCAAAAAGGUUUGCCUUCUAGGGUGCAAUUUCCCAAACCUCCCACUGGUCAGCCUACCGGAACAGUGACUCUCACAGGACAGAACAGGAAAGAGUGUGUGAGCACCAAACUUUCCCUGCAGGACAAAAUUAAAGAUAAACUGCGUCCAAUUCCUGUAUCUGUUGGCAUCACAAUGAACGAUCCCAUGUCCAGCUCCCAGCCAAGGAGGAAACAAGGAAGGUCACUUCCAGAACUUGUUCCAAUUCUAAAUGCCAAUGAGCCCACAACAAUUGAGUCAGAAGUGCAGUUCCUGAAAGAAGGCUGUGGACCAGAUAAUAUAUGUCAUAGCAAUUUGAAGCUUCAUUACAGAUUUUGCACCAAAGAAGGAAAUGAAGACAGAUUUCCCUACCUCCCACUGGAGAACAACAUUCCAGUGCUUGUCCUCAAAGACCAGAAAGAGAUCGCUCUCGAAAUCACAGUGACAAACAGCCCUUCGGAUCCAGAACAGAAAGAUGGUGAAGAUGCUCAUGAAGCUAAACUCGUAGCUACCUUUCCAGAUAGCUUGACUUUCUCUUCAUUCAGGGAGCUGAAAGGCUUUCCGGACAAACAGCUGAUCUGUGGUGCUAAUCCCAAUGGCUCUCAAGUAGAGUGUGAACUUGGAAAUCCUUUCAAGAGAAAUUCUAAUGUUACAUUUUAUGUUGUUUUAAGUACAACUAAAGUUAAUGUGGACACAAGGGACUUGGACAUUAAUCUGAAACUGGAAACAACAAGCAAUCAAGCUAAUUUGGAUCCAAUUACCGCUACGGCAAAAGUAGUUAUUGAACUGCUUUUGUCACUCACAGGGAUGGCUAAGCCUUCCCAGGUGUACUUUGGAGGCAACGUCAGGGGCGAAAGUGCUAUGAAAUUGGAAGAUGAAAUUGGUAGCUUAAUUGAAUAUGAGUUCACCAUAACUAACCUUGGUAAGCCACUGAAAGCAUUUGGUACAGCUUUUUUGGACAUCCUGUGGCCAAAGGAACUUAAGGGAGGAAAGUGGCUGUUGUAUUUGGUGUCGAUACGCUCCAAAGAAUUAGGAGAACUCCAUUGUGACCCUCCACAGGAAACAAACCCUUUGGGAAUCGAGACGUCCCGAACCUCGAGAACAAAACGUGAAGUUGCAGAGAAGCAGACAGAGGGCGGCAAAGGCUUUUCUUUGUUUAAAGACAGAAAAUAUAAGAUCUUGGAAUGUAACAGGGAGGCAAACUGCGUCAACAUCCGAUGUCCCUUGCAAGGCCUGGACAGCAAAGCAUCUGUAGUGCUGCGUUCAAGGCUGUGGAAUAGCACUUUCCUAGAGGAGUACUCUAAAAUGAACUAUCUAGACAUUCCUCUGAGAGCUACAAUCAGUAUUGAUGCUGCUGCAGACAACAUUAAGCUGACAAAUGAAGCUACUAAUGUGCGGGUUACUGUCUUCCCUGCAAGGACGGUAGCAUUGUAUAAAGGGGUCCCUUGGUGGAUCAUCUUAGUCGCCAUUCUUGCAGGAUUGCUAAUGCUUUCUUUGCUGGUGUUCUUACUAUGGAAGUGUGGUUUCUUCAAGAGAGAUAAGAAAGAUCAUUAUGAUGCCGCAUAUCACAAGGCUGAGAUCCAUGCUCAGCCAUCUGAUAAAGAGAGGCUCACUUCUGAUGCAUAGUAUUGAUCUACUUCUGUAAUUGUGUGGGUUCUUCCAGCGUUCCAGGUACGAUGACAGCGUCCCCCGCUAUCAUGCAGUAAGAAUUCGGAAAGAGGAGAGGCAGAUCAAAGAUGGGAAAACUAAAGAAAACCUUGCGAAAAAACAGUGGAUCACACAGUGGAAUGAAAAUGAAAGUUAUUCCUAGGGACACACCCUCUGAACCGGAAGGGUUAAAUGGUUUUUAAGAUGUUUUUGAUUGACAUGAUGGAUGGACAGGAAAAAGAGCCACGUAUAGAAGUGGCUCCCCGCCCCCUUUUUGUAGAUAUUACUUUCAUAUCGAAGCUUUUUUGUUUUGUUUUACAGACCUAAAUUUUAAGACUGCCUAAACCUAUAUGUACGUAUGAUCUAAAAUGGUCCAAUCUUUAAAAAAGAUUCCAUUUAAAAUCCAGACUGCCAGUCCAGAGAGAAAGAGAGGAGCCUGUAGAAGGAAGCGGUAUGAUGAUUCAAGUUGCCCUUCCUUUCUAUAGAAUGGAGCUAUACAAGUCCCUUCCAGCUAGCUGGUCUGUUUUUUCCCAGCUCUGCCUUUGCUGCCAGAAUCCUGGCUGUCUCUCCGCUCCUGCUUCACCACCACCUCUCUACAAGGCACGAUAAUGGCUGCCUCUUGGGCGGAAUCAAAAAUAGCCCCAUAGCCAGUGGGAGGGAUGUUGUCUGGCUGUAGUUCAAAGGGAGAUGAAGCAACCCGAGCCGUCAUGGUGCUCGCUAAAAGUCCCUUGCCAGAGUCUGAACUGCGUGUUCCGUCUUGGCUCCAGAGUUCGAACUGCAAACUCGGUUUUGCCUCAACCUGUCUUGAGUACUUGCACUCCGCUUUCUUGCCCUGUGUUGCGUACCUGAGUAGGUAGAUCCUCACUCCCACCUGGAUGAAAGAUACUGGGAUCAUUUUCCUAACUAUGAGUGCUCCUAUUAUUCCAGCUUAUUAGUCUACAUUAUUUAAAUGGCAGAAGGGGGAUACCAUGUUGCAUUAAGUAUCACUUUUGUGUGUGGGGAGGGGGAGUUGCCACAAGUUUUUUGGGUUUUUUUUAGAAAAAUGUUAUGAAACUCUUGGUUCGCACAAUCAAACAGCCAAUCGAACAGUGAUGGCGCAAGCAGGCAUUCUCAAUAAGCCACAGCUUGUGUCGUACAAACUGGGGGACCAGAAGUUAAACAACCCUCAAAGAACCCUAAAACAGGCCAUUGGUUCUCCGAGGAUUGUUUUACCCUGACAGAACCCACAGUCUCUUGAGUUCGGAAGACACGACAAGUCGCAGCUUGAAUAUUCAGGAUGGGACCAACGGGCACCACUGCUCAUCAUGGCUUAAAUAAGCCACAAGCAUGUGAACCCAGGCUCUGAGUAUAACAGAGAGAAUGGUAUAACCUACCUCCCAAUUAUACUUGCAGACAACAGCCUGGCCAUGAGUCCUCAGUUAUAGCAAGGUAUUGACUUCUUUGAUUCAUACGAUAGUCUGAGGGACUGUUUUGACAAUAUAUUUCUAAAAGAGGGGUCUCAAACCUAUCUGGCUGUCAUGCUGCCUGGCAACCUAUCCCACUCCCAAAUCUGGAAGAUGAUCUCCUUAAUCCUAGAUGUAUGGAGGCUGAUCGUGAUUAUUUAGUGGUGAGAGCUACUCUGCACAUGGUCAGAGGUUAUUUAUCCACAUUAAUAGGAUUAAGCCAUGGCACUGGAAAAAGUUCUUAACUCUAGUGAGCCCUGGUUCGAAUGUAACCUUUACUCAUGUAACUGAAAUAAUGAGUUCUUUCCAUUUUUAGGGAACAUGUCUGGAUUUUGAGAGGCUUGAAAUAUCUUAUUCGUGCAGUUGUUAUUGUUUUUGCUGCAAAAACUGCAUGUGACCAGAAGCAAAUAUUCCCUGAUAUUUGUAGAGCUUUGAUGUAUUUGUUUUUACAAUAAGUGUGUGUAUGUGUUUCCAUAAAAUGCAUGAGUUGGAUCCAGCCUAAGUUAAUUGAACUUAGUUCCCAUUAAAAUCAAUCAGGUUUAAGUUAAGUCAUGAUUAACCUGUCCCAUUGAUGUCAGUGAGAACUAAAUUCAACUAACUUAUAGUGCAAUCCUAUACCUAUCUUCUCAGAAGUAAGUCCCAGUGAGUUCAGUGGGGCUUACUCCCAAGUAAGUGUGUAUAGAAUUGUAGCCUUCAUCUGGAUACAACCCUAUGUGUUUUAAGAACUAAUGCAAAGGGAUGUGGCUCAGUUUCUAAAUAAGAGGUGCUAAAACUCAACUUCGUCUGGAAGUCAUACUCAUGUGAAAGCCUUUCCUUCUAUCUGUGGGUGUGUAGAGAACAGCUGAUGUUUUUCAGAAGGGAGACCAUGGCACUCUGCACAUGAUUAAAAGAACUCUUAUCUUUAAGUUCUCUACUAAUCCUAGUGUGAAGAAGAGGGGGGAGUUUAAAAGCUACAGACCAACCAUUCAGAAGUUACCCCCAUUGUUCACAGGGGUGUGGGCUUGUGUUUUUCAGGUAAAUUUGAGAUCUCUAAAACUGCUAAUUCUUUGUUCUAAAACUCAAGUGUAGGUAUGGUAGUUAGUGUGAUCUUAAAUGUGCAAUAGAUCAUGUUUCAAUAAUGUUUUUAAAAUCAAUUUGUGUGCAUCUGUUGCUCACACCAAAUAUACACAGGUUUGUUUUUUAAAGCUUGAAUAUUGGUUGUACUUUUUUGUAUAUACUGUAAGUCAUGUUUAUAUAUUUAUUUUUAUCAUGAAUCUUUGCCUUUAACUAACUGUUAAGCCAAAGAUUUUUAAUUGAACUUUAAAAAUAGGGAGCAAUACUAUAUAAAAGAGUUCAGUGAUUAAAAGCAAAUACUUUCCGCCAAAUGUGCCAAUACUUUAACCUUUGCAUUUCAAUGACUAAGGGCAUAGUCCCAUACAUGUUUAGACUGAAAAAAGUCCUACAACUCCCAGCAUUCCCCAUCCAGCCAUCUUGGGAACUGUAGGACUUUUUUUUUUUUUGUCUGAACAUGCUUAGGAUUGUGGCGCAAAGCAUUCUUGGAAAGCUUUUCUUUACAUAUUUCUGAUUAUGUAGUAUGGAGGUAUUGUAUCUUCUAAAUAAUUUGUGCACUAAUUCAUAUAUACAGAAGUUUUAUCUAUAGAAGUUUUAUAUGACUAACUUAACGGAAAAUAUGUCUAUGCUCCUUGGGGUGGGGAAAGGUUUUCUAGUUCUGUGUUUAAAACAAGAUUAACUACUGCAGAUGUUAUAGCACUUGAAACAAAACAUAAGCCCCAAAGUUUAACUAUGGAUCUAUACCGGUGCAGUUUAAGACUACUGAAUAAAUGUCCUAAAUAUCUAAAUUUUAAUUGUAAGAACUAAUUAAUUGCAUAGAAUUGUACUAUAUGAUACUUGUGAUUGUUACAAAAGUAUUUUACAGUUUUUUAAGCCACGUCUCAAAAAACAAUCUGGUACUGGUAAAAUAAGAAUUAUAAAUGUGCUCUAACAUGCAUUGUACAUGAAGUAACAACAAAAACGUUAGUGUGUGGAUAUUAUUUGAGAAAGGAUGAAAACUAUGCAAAUCUUUAAAUAUUUACAUUGAAACACCAGAUGCUAUAUGCAUUGUACUCUGUAGUCACACUACAAAAAUUCAUCAGCUGGGAGUGAUUAUUAUUGUCCUUUCUACGGUUUGGAAUCCAGUUGUUAAUUUUAACGUCUCUCAUUCCACGUCUUAUUGUUAUCUAAAUGACUCUGACUACACAUUUUAUAAAAAAAAUACUUAUUUUUUCAAGAAGUUUUGUUUGCUCUAUGGGUAAACUCUCAGUUACAAUUCUGGUGCCUGAUGCUACAGCCUACCAAACACUGCUGCUUUCUCCUCCACUCCCCACCCCAACUCUGCCAAUUCAUUUAAAUGGGGCUUAUUCAAGAGCCGCUUAGCAGCAUGCACGGUGGAUAGCACCUUAUCAUUUCAAAUCCCAUCUCUGUGAAUGGGCUUAGUAACUUGAAAAAAGAACUUUGAAACACUACUGUAUCUUUUCAUAAAAACAAAAUUGUCUUCUGGUAUCUUAUUAAAAACAGCAUCAACAAAUAUAUAGACAAUGUUAAAUUAGGGCCGGUUUUAAGUAAAAAUGUCAUCUCACGUCACAUCACUGGUAUAUAUUCAUUUUUAUACAUUGACUGCUACUAACAUCUAAUGUUAAAUCAUGGCUAAAAAUUACCUGUGGAUAUUUCUAUAAAAGUGUGAAAUAAAUUUUGUAU